GUCACUGAGGUGGGGUCAUGGGGACGCCACGCUUCUGCCUCCUCUCCUUCCUCGUGGGGCUGUGCAGCCUCUCUGCCACAGAUGGUGCCGCAGCCAAAAUGAGCGCCCAGAUCCAGAGCUCCCCCAUAGUGCCCUCUAUGUACCGCAGCCUGGUGCUGAGCUGCAAGGUCUCCGGGGACCCCGGCCCCAAGGAGUUCGUGUGGGAGAAGAAAGGGAUCCACAAACCGCUGCAGAAAGGCCCCAUUGAUAUCCUCCUCUUCCGCUCCUUAAACAAAACCCACCUGGGCACCUACACCUGCAAGGUCAGCAGCCCCCAGGGCACCGCCGUGGCCACCUACAACCUUUGGAUAGACGACCUGAAGUACAGAGUGUUCGUGUUCCCCCAAGCGUCCAACGAUUCCUACGUGCUGCUGCAGGCACGGCCAGAGCACCCCCUGCUCAACUUCACCGUGUGCCUGCGCUCCUACACCGACCUCACCCGGCCCCACAGCCUCUUCUCCUACGCCACCAAGGAGCAGGACAACGAGAUCCUCCUCCUCAAAUUCAAACCCACCGAGUACCACUUCUACGUGGGGGGGAAAUACGUCGCCUUCCACAUCCCCGAGAACUACAUGGACCCAGAGCACGUCUGCGUCACCUGGGAGUCACCCAGCGGCAUCGUGCGCUUCUGGCUCAACGGGCGCCCGUGGCCCCGCAAAGGGCUGCAGAAGGGCUACGUGGUGGGCAACGAGGCCGUGGUGGUGCUGGGGCAGGAGCAGGACGCCUACGGGGGAGGCUUCGACGUUCUGCAGUCCUUCACGGGGGAGAUGUCCGACGUCUACAUGUGGGACUUUGGGCUGAGCGACUCGGAAGUGAAAAUGCUCCACUACAGUGAACCCGAAGUCGCCCCCAUCUUCGGCUGGAGGAACUUCCCCUAUAAGACAGAGGGUGAGGUGUACCUCAUGUCCUAAUGCUCCUGGCCACCACUGCUACCAUUGAAUGCAUACCUCCCCCCCCCCGCCCCGCACUGUCCCCUCUGCCUGACCUUCCUCCUCCGCACCCACAUGGCAACAAAUAAAAGGAGUGUGACCCACGAGCAGCA